GUCUGAACAGCGCAGACGGCCAGGGCAGGAGGGUCGGAAACCACAGGGCUAUUUGGAACUUUCUGGAAUGUAAGCCCCUGACGGUUAAAAAACCGUUGACAGCAUGGCGCAGGAAGAGACGGCCGACUCCGCACGCGGAGGCCGGUACUCCACCCCGAGCGUUCCCGAACUCCGGCGUCUCCUGUGGACGGACAGACGACCGGCCGGCCCUGUCAAUCAAGUCUGGCCUGACCUGUACCUGGGAGAUGAGGCCUCAGCGCGGGACAAGCCCUCCCUCUCCCGGCUGGGGGUCACGCACAUCGUGAACGCCGCGGAUGGGCCCCGGCGCAUCAACACCGGCCCCCAGUUCUACACGGACACGGACAUCCAGUACUGCGGGGUCGAGGCCGCAGACCACCCGACCUUUCACCUCCGACCUUUCUUCCUCCCGACAGCAGGGUUCAUUCAGACAGCGCUGGCGCAAAGAGGAAAGGUGUUUGUUCACUGUGCCAUGGGGGUCAGUCGCUCGGCGACCCUGGUCCUGGCCUACCUCAUGAUCUGUGAGAACCUCACCCUGGUGGAGGCCAUCAACGCGGUGCGACGACACCGAGACAUCUGCCCCAACGAAGGAUUCCUGGAGCAGCUCCGAGACCUGGACACAGAGCUGGCCCUGCAGAGGCACCCUUAGGGUGGCAGGCUCCUCAGGAAAGAGAUAUUCCACACUGCACUAAGUGAUAUAAAGUGUUAGCAAGCAUUUUAGGCCUCUAGACUUAAGAUCUUAUUUUCUUUUUUCUGAAGUAGAAAACAUUAGCUUGUUUUAUGUUAAUGUUUGCUUGACAAGUUGCAUUUUGCACGCGCACGCACACACACACAUACACAAGCAAAAAAUAAUGUGGGCUACAAAUGAUGAGCAACCCACACAAGGGCAUAAAAUGAAAUAAAAUAUAAAUCAUAAAAAUGAUUUCUACUGUAGCCAAAUCAAUCAGCAUUGAGUGAUAUGGACAGAGGACUGAGCUGCAUGUACUGCCAGCAUACACACAGACGUAAAGUACAGCAGUA